AUGGGUUUCCACAGGCAGUCUCUUCCAAUCAAAUAUCUUGGGGUUCCCCUAAUCCGUAGAAGGAUGGGUGCAACAAUUUUCGAUCCUCUCCUGGAAAAGCUGCGGGCAAGACUCUUCCAUUGGAGCUCUAAGCUACUGAGCACGGGGGGUAAGAUUGUCCUUAUUCGCCAUGUGCUUGGCUCGAUUCCUCUUUUUAUGUUGCAAGCAGUUAACCCUCCCAAAUCCGUUUUGGCUGCCCUAAGUAGGAUCUGCAACUCGUUCCUAUGGGCUUUAAGUAUUGAGUCGAAGAGGUUACACUGGGCAGUGUGGGAAAAGCUCUCCUUUCCGGUUCAAGAAGGGUGUCUAGGGUUUCGCUCCUUUGAAGACUCGGUGAAGGCUUUGGCCUGCAAGUCGUGGUGGCGGUUAAGAAAGAAGGACUCGAUUUGGGCAGGCUAUAUGCACAGUAAAUACAUUAAGCACUCGCACCCGUCGAUCGCUGCAGUGGAUCACCUCCGGCGUCAUGGCGACGUCUACUGGCGGUUCGAGAUUUUGCGGAGUCACGGAUAUAGUGGUGCUUGGGGAAGGGGCUAG